AUGGAGUGCGAGAAGCAGCAAGCGUCACCGCCCCGGGCGAUCAAGAUUCAACCCCGUAUCGUUAUCCACGGCGGCGCAGGGAAUAUUGUGCGCAAGAACUUCCCUCAGGACAAGUACAUUGCCUAUCGGGAUGCUCUUCUUACGAUUAUCACAAAAACAAAUGAAUACAUACACAGCCCGUCGGAAAAAUCACCCUCAGGCGCAUUCAAACCGCCUUCAGCCCUGCAAAUUGCCUCCUAUGCAGUAACCCUCCUAGAAGACAACCCCCUCUUCAACAGCGGCCACGGCGCCGUCUUCACCCGCGACGGCAUCAACGAACUUGAAGCUUCGGUCAUGGUAUCCCGCGGCCACAAGAAGCGCGGCGUAGGCGUCAUGGGUCUCCAUCACGUCCGUAACCCCAUUCUCCUCGCGAAAAAGAUGCUCGACCAUGGCGAGCAGGACCUCGAAUCAAGGGGUCAAGCGUCCCUGUCCACGAAUGACCUAGAUGUGCCGUCCGCGCAGGGGCAUACCCAGAUUUGGGGCCCCGCAGCAGAACAACUCGCUCAGAAGUAUGGGCUGGACAUGGUCGAGCCAAGUUAUUACUUUACGCAGCAGCGGUGGGACGAGCAUGUUCGUGCGCUGGAGAAGGAGAAACUUGGUCUUGGUAUGGGAACGUGGUCCAGCGACGAGUACUUGCCGCAGGGGACGUGCGGAGCAGUGGCUUUAGAUGAAGAGGGUGUUAUUUGCGCGGCGACGAGCACAGGUGGCAUGACGAAUAAGUUGACGGGGAGGAUUGGCGAUACACCUGUUGUUGGCGCGGGAUUCUGGGCGGAGGAGUGGUCUGAACGGGCGGAUGUGACUGGUCCUUGUCCUUCGAUGUGGGAGACGUUUACUCGUGCGGUGAAUACUGCUUCCCCUGGCGUUUCGUUCGCUGGGCCACUGAAGGGAUUGUUGGCGGAUUGUUUACCUACACCGUUUAUGUACUCUCCCGUCGAGCCUGACUCUUGGUCGCGGUCAAAGUCGACGGUAACAUCUCGCUCCAUGGGCGCGUCAGGCACUGGAAAUGGAGAUUCAUUCUUGCGAAUCAACGCUGUUAGAACGGUGGCUGCCAUGGCGAGAUGGAAACCUGAGAGUACGGCCAAGGCGUUGAGGAAUGUCAUUGGUCCGGAUGGAGAGUUGCAGCGCAGCGCAGGAGAUAGAUGGGGACAUACUGGCGAGGGAGAAGGAGGCAUGAUUGGCAUUGAGAGUGUUGUGGAGAGGGACGCCGAGAGUGGUAGAGUUGUGAUGGUGCGUUCAGAGAUUCUGAUGGAUUAUAAUUGUGGGGGCAUGUAUCGGGCUUGGGUUGACGAUGAUGGGAGGGCGAGGAUGAGUAUUUGGAAUAAUGGGGGUGAGGAUCCUGAAAACAGGAGAUAG